AAAGGGAAGGGGUUGCGUUCAAGAGGGUGUUUACUCGACGUGUGGAGGAAGAGUUCAAUAAGUACUCAACGAACUUUAAUGGUCCGCAAAUAAAGCGAUGUGAAAUAUAAAAACCGCGAGUUUCGACAAGAGGACGGGAGAGAAGGGAGGGCCGCAGUGUUGGAACUUGCCCAGCUACAUGGAGCAAACUAGGGAGGAAAAUGGAGGGAGGGACAGCAGAGAAAGAUACUGCUGAGGAGAAGGAGAGCGAUGACCAUCCCAUUGAGGGGGAGGGAGAGUACGGGAAAGAUCUUCACCACCAGGCUGCAGCAGGGUCCUGCUUAGGGUCCUCUGUGGACUACCAGGACCUGCCCAUCAUGCACUGGGAGGACCUGAGCCUGCGGAUAGCUGAGCUAGAGAAACAGGAGCAGGAGAGGCGGGAAAGGACAAAGCCUGGCAAUGGGACAGAGCUGGCGACCAGGUCUGGGGCCAGAGAUGAGGAGAGGCAAGGGGAGAUAUGGAAAGACGCCUUGGAGGAGGAGGCAGAAGACGUGCGGAGGUCUCGACUCACAUCCAUCACAUCUCGAUUCCACAACCGCAAAAACCUACAGUUGUGCUUCAUCAACAACAGCGACAGUGAAGAAGAUGAGGAUGGAGCCAAUAAGAAGGUUGGUGCCAGAGUUUCACUCACAUCACCCUUUCAAAUCGCCAUCGACCGAGUCCACCACACUGAGGGCUCCAGGCGGACAGGUGGCAACGGUUACCAUCCCUCCGGGCUGAAACAGGAAGUGGCUGCGGCGCUAAGGGCUCUGAGAGACAAAGUGUUGGCUGAACAGAGGGGGAGGGAGCAUCUGGCCAGCAGUAGUGUUGCGGCCAAACGAAAACAUCUGGAAAGUUGUGAUCUGCAGAACUGUUCCCUGCAGCAGCUGACAGGCCUGAAGGCAACACUCCAACAAGAUAUACAUGACCUAAGCUCAGAGCUGGUUGCCCAACUGUUGGUGCGAGACCAGCUAAGAACCAAACAGGAUGCCAUGCUUCUGGAUGUGCAAGAUCUGACCUAGUGCAAAGACUGACGACUGUCAGGUCCAGACAACUGGAACUGUUUCCUUGACAGCAGCCUGGGAGUUUAGGGACUUUGGGACCAGCGCAGGGAGCAAAACCCAGAUAACAAGUUGGUCUUGGUCAGCCCCAGGAGUUUUUACUUCUUCAGUGACUCAACCUGGUAAUUUAUCAGCUUUACCUUUUGAAAAGAUUGACCAGUCCAAUCACCUUAGUAUUUUUAAAGACAGUAUGGAAAAUUAAGAGGGAGACAUGAGAGAGAAAAUUGCUGGCAGGAGUUGACCCUUCACCAGCAGGAGUAUUCAUGUGACUCCAGAGGUGGCAGACAUAACUUCUGCAUGUCCUUUAUCAACCUUGACAAAUACCACAGGGAACAAGGGGAGGGCCUGAACCUGGGUUCUAAGGUUAUCAAGAAGUGACAUUGCAGACAGGAAGCAACAUAAUCUGGAACCCAGUCAAAAGGAAGGGACAUCAUCUGGACACACAUGUCAACAGGAAGUGGCAUAACAAAGAUACCAACCUACAAUACAAGCAUAACUCAGUGCCUGUGUGGACAGGAUGUGGUAUAGCCUUUGCAUUAAGGUCAACAGAAAAUGACCUAAUUUUAACACACAUUUCGGCAUAACCCAGACACAGAUUUACUGAAAAUAACAAGACAAUUGAAAACCAAGACAAAAAGAAGUACCUAUGAACAGAUGACUACUAUGCAACUCACUUAAGCUUUUGAUUAAGGUUGGAACAAAGAUUUUAAUUACUAACCUGUCAGGCAAUUCGGUAGCCAUAUUUAAUAUACUAACUCUAUAUGAGAUUCAUUCAAAUACUGGCUGGUGAGGACCAUGUUUAACUAGCAGGGACCAGAAGUGCUUGCAGUUGACUAUUUUGAUUGUAACACAUCUAUCUCUACUUAUUAUGAAUAUCAGUCGUUAGAAAAAAUAACAAUAUUUGUCAGUGCUUCCCCUAAACUGCACCUUGGCAGUGUAAAUGCCAUCUUUGAACCACUGAGUCACAUAAGAAAUGGAAGUAUUCAGUGUUAGUACGCAGAGACAAUCUUACCAAGUUUGACAGACUAGUCCUUUGUUAUUUAGCAGGAAAUUACAUCACAGGAAGUGACUUGGACAGGAUAUAGGUGAUUGUGACUUUUCCAAGGAUGGUGGAAAGUGGAGGUCCUCUUCCUCUGUACUUCAGAAAUUAAAUUGUCCACUCUGAGACGGCUCAACUUGACAGGUUUAUUGUUUCUCAUGGGAAACGUCGCUUGCAAACAAGAUGUCAUUCUGACAGUGAUGAUUAGCAGACACAGUCAUGCAUCCAAGAAAUCUCAGAAUCCCAUUUUAUGUCACCAAAGUGGUACCAAGCUUUUUUUUUCUUUCAUUAAAGUCUCAACAGUCUGAAAUUGAUAUUUUCAAAAUCAGAUUUGAAUGUGUUUCAAAUCUGAUCUGGAUCAGAUUUAUACUUUGGUGUGGAUGAUCAGGGUUAUACUUUGGACCUGCAGCAUGUAAUACCAGUCAGGUGUUGCAAGGGUAGUGGAUUGGGUAUCUGAUGCAUUGUCACAGGAGGUUUUACCUUAACAAAGGAGUAGUAAAAUAGGAAUGUGACACCGAGGAAGGGGUUUCUGCACAAGAAACAGCGAAGUGUUAUGUUCAAUACAUUGAUUGAGGGAAUAGAGAAUGAAUGAACAUAAUGGUUUCUUCCUUGUAUGUAAUUCAGCAGCAAGUGCAUGAGCAGGUGCAUUUGCCAGUGGGCCUGUAAGUGUAAAUCUAAAUAUUGCAUUACAAACGAGGGAUGCCAGUGCGGCAAAAGUUUUAUUCUGGUUUACCUUUCAGUAUCCUUUGCCUUUUAUUAUAAUGAGGGAACAAUUCAUUAAUACUAUUUAUCGCGUGACAAGCUAAAACAAAGGGAUAUGUUUAUGCUCUGGAUGUUUGCCUGUUAUCGUUGUUCACCACAUAUUUUUCAUGUUAUGGGGAAAAAAAUAGCAUGUGUACCAAGCUAUUGUAAAGAUUUGUCUUUAGCAUUUGUCCUUGAGGUCAAUGGUUAAAACUGGCUAAGUUCUUCAAAACGAUAUUACAGUGAGUAGUACCUAUUGUUUUGAAUGGGGAAAGGCCAACAAUGCUAACUACCCGUUUUAAGCUAGGCUAGCUGAAGCACAAAUGAAGAUUUUGUUCCCCCCAAAUAGUCGAUAAAAAUAAAAAUUAAGGUCAGUUAUUGAAAUUAUUUUGGGAAAAUGCAAUGAAUUUCACUCCUAGUUUGUUAUUCUGCCAAUGUGGCCAAUUUGUAAGAUUUACCUUUUAUCGAUUGCUUUUUUAUUCUACGUAAUACAUUCUCAGGAUCAACAAGGAGGUUAAUUUUAUAGACAGUCACUCAUCUUUAGUUGUAAAACCCAUAGUAAUAUAAAAGAGGAAUAGUAGGUGCUUUAUAUGGAGUUACAGAGACAUGGGUAUCUCCACUACUUCUUUUAACAAUCCUGGGCAAUACAAAUAAAUGUAGCCAUAGGCUUACAUUUUUCCUUCAAGCUUAGUAUUUGUUUUUCAAAACUCAACAUUUUGUGAACAUGUCAACUAUAAAAGGACUGUGUUAAAGUUAAAGACAAAAUUAAAGACAUUAUUUUGGUGGCGUUUUACUUAAGUGCAAAAUAUAUCUAGCACAGGGAGUUGUUAAAAAUCUAUUUUGUUCAGUACAGGGUAAAUGUCCACUCAUCCUGUGUUUGCAAAACAAGUAUUCGUUGUGUUUUUUGCUAUUGAUACUUGUACAUACGUUUCACUGCCGUUCGGUGAAAACACAACAUUGCUUUUUCAUAGUGAUCUUCUCUGAAGAUUAAUUUUUUCUUCUUUUGAAGUUUUACGAACCAAGGACCCAUGUGACACUCAGAACCCACAGUAAAUUUUCAAAAUUGCAUCAUCUUCCACCUAGACUUAAGGCUGACUCCAAAUUACAGAAAAUUUUACUUUCUGGAAAAAUGCAAGUUUCAUCCUGCAGCAGCGAUACUGACCUUGUCCACCUAUAGACAAUAGGACGAAUCUUUCUAAAAAUUCUUAUUUUAACCGAUGAUAUUGUCAUUAUUUAAAUUGAAUCUAUUGUAAAAACACCAGCAUAGGACACCAUGAUGCUGCUACUUCAUUAACAAUAUCCUUUUUUGUGCCUUACCAAGAAAUUGUAUUAUGUAAUAAGAUCUAUUAUACUCACACAUCCUCACAUACAGCAUGUUGACCCGUUAAAUGCCAUAUUCCAUGAAAACAACAUACUGUAAAGAGUAUUGGAUUUUUAUAAAGAAUCCAAGAGGGUUUGUUUUUUUUGCAUUGAUAAUUUGUUUUUGAGUCCUGUUUUGUAUUUAAUAAACGCCGUACGG